GGGAGUGCUGUAGCAGCUAGCGGAAGAGGGGCAGAGGAGUAGAAAAUGUUAGCUGGCUGGAUUUUUGUUCGCACAGAAAGGAUACCCCCAUGAGGACAAGGUGAGGACAAGCACGAGGUCUCUGGUGCACCCUCAGGAGUCUGCCUUCAGUUCUCGCCGAGCCAACUCCAAGAAUGGGGAUAUCCACGCGGGAGCUGUUCCUCAACUUCACCAUUGUCCUGAUUACUGUUAUUCUCAUGUGGCUCCUUGUGAGGUCCUAUCAGUACUGAGAAGCCAUGUCAUGCUCCUGAGAUUGGCUGCAUCUCUCCAGAGCUGCCUGAUGCGUGCCCUGAGCUCCCACUGCUGUCACGGGAUGCCUUUCUUGGCGCUCCAAGGCACUUCUGACCCACCCUCACCAUAUCUGAGGUGCCUCCAGUGUUAGGAUCAAUUGUGGGUACUCUAAAGAUGCUGUUCUCAAGGGCUGCUAAGUAUUUUCCAGUGAGCAUUAGAUUUAUUCCUCAACUCUUCCUGCAGAUGUGUUAGACAAGCCACAAGGUUAAAAUUAAAUGAUUCAUGAUGAUGUAGAAUUGUAACAAGCCCCUGAUCUAUCUUAACCCACACAUCCCUUCAACCCACACUGUCUGCAACCAA